AUGGAUUCUCAAGGUGCAGAGCCCGACCUCUUGGAUAAACCGCUCACUGAUGAACCAAAAAUUCUCACAGAAAUAAAGACAGUGUAUGGGUUUUUCAGUCAGUUACGAUGUAUAUCCUUGGUGGGCGAUAAGGUUUUCUGGAUUUGUGGUAGUGACAAAAUCAUGAGACUCUACAACAUCCGGUGUGAACUAUUAAAGACAACCAAAACCAAGGCUGGAAACAUGCCAGAGGACAUAGCAGUGAUAAGAAAUAAUGAACUAGUUUAUACUGAUGACAAGGAGGAAACUAUUAACGUUUUAAUUAAAAACAACUCACAGAUACAGACAGUUAUCAGCUUACAUGGAUGGAAACCUCUCGGUGUCUGUAGUACCUUCUCUGGAGAUCUCCUGGUCAUUAUUGAAAGUGAUGAUAAGCAAACAAAAAUUGUACAUUAUUCUGCUUUCACAGAAAAACAAAGUAUUCAGUACGACGACAAAGGACAACCUCUCUUCUCAUAUGAUGGAACUAAAUACAUCAGUGAGAACAGGAAUCUAGAUAUCUGUGUUUCAGAUUUUGGAGCCAAUGCUGUGGUGGUUGUCAAUAAGGAUGGGGAACACCGGUUUACCUACAAUGGUCUUCCCUCUAGUAUCAUGGAAUGUUUUAGACCAAUCAACAUUACAACAGACAGGGACUUUAGGAAUGGCUUGAAUUCUACGGCGAACUGUAAGCGCAUGAUUUACGCGCAUGUAACAAUUCGUUGA